UGUAUGCUUUACGAUCAGCUGUAAUUCGAGUUUUGUUACAAAAGAAAUGCAUCUAGCUAAAUAUUCGUAUUGAUACCUAUGAUCACGAAUUCGAUCUAUUAUUAACUCGUUAUAACACAAAGUAUUGCAGAUGAUAGUAAUUACGUUUACAUUUAAGUUAAUUCUACAAUUUAUGAGAUACACGUAAACAUAUAUAUAGAAAUUAUUUCAUUAUUUAAAUGUGAGAAAACAAAAUAUAAAUUUUACGUGAUGUACAACCGUAGAUGCGUUCAAAUUAAAAAGAUUUCAUCAAUAAAACGUAUAUGGAUUUAGAUCCUGCAGAAAUGGCGAAUGAGAUAAAAGAGAAAGUAAUAUUACAUUGGAACUGUCGAGGUCUUACAGAAUUACCAGAAAUCAUACGAAAAUAUGGCAGCCACAUACAGGAAAUAUAUUUGAAGUGGAAUAAACUAACUACUUUACCACCAUGGAUAAUAGAAUUAUUUAAUGUUACUAAUUUAUAUAUCUACGGUAAUCUCAUUAAAGAACUUCCUGUAGAACUUGGCAAUAUGUCUCAAUUGACUGUACUAGAUUUGAGUGCAAACAAGUUAGAAGAAAUACCAUCUUCUAUUGGUAAUUUAAUAAAUAUAGAAUCAUUGUUAUUUAAUAAUAAUUACAUUAAAAAAUUACCAAUGGAAAUGAGCCAACUUUAUAAUCUGGAAGUAUUAUCUCUUUCUGGAAAUGAAUUUGUAGCAUUACCAGAAUGGCUUGGUUCUUUACCAAAGCUCAAAGAAUUAAAUGCAGAUAACAAUUAUUUAAAGGAACUACCUAAUAGAUUGACAUUGGCUCCUAAAAUAUCAAUGAUAUCAGUGUGUUCAAACAGGUUAAAAUAUUUACCAUUAAAUGGUUUCUUGUCAUCUCCUUGCAUAAGAUUUGAUGCAAAUGAAUAUUUAAAUUAUUUGUCUUAUCCUGUCCUCAUCCAAUUGGCUUAUAAUAUUCUUACAUCAAUUAAUGUUGAUUCAGUGAAUAUCCUAGGCUAUAAAUGUUUCAAAUUAAAAUGUGCUAAUGAUGAAUCGUUGAGUACAAAUAUCAAAUUAAAUAUUAAAAUAGAUACAUCGUGCAAUAAAAAUAUACUGAUUGAAUUACCAAGGCAAAUUUUAAGGAUUCAUAAUGUUAAUGAAAAUAAAACUGUCUCUUUGUGGGAACUUGCCCUGAGAAAAGUUUACAGACUAAAGUAUAAGCAUAUACUUAAUAUUUCUACAGCUCCUAUAAACGUUAAAAUUGUUUAUAAAAAAAAUACUAAAAGAAAUUUUGAUUUUUUAAUGUCCUCUAUAAACUGUGCUUCAUAUAAUUUAUUGAUAAAUGGACCUGCCACUAUUUGUGUAAAUUCUCAUUGUCAACAACCAAUUUUCACAGAAGCUUGGAUUAUUGUUGGCAUCACUCAUCAUAUAUAUUCAAUUCCAACUAUUGUUUUAUGUUGUUCAAGAAGCUGUGCUUUUAAAUUUAUGACUAAUUCAAACAUGACGCUAACUUUUCAUUGGUAUUGCAUAGAUUGAUAAUAUUUUUGUACAUAACUAGAAAAUUAUUCGUUGUUGUAUAUACAUUGUUAUGAAAAUAAAAAGAGAUUAUGUUCUUAA